AUGCGUUUCCUCGCUGUUUUCGCCCUCGUCGCUAGCGUUGCUGUCGCCAGGCCCUCUGAAGCCAACAUCCAGGCAUCAUGCAUGGGUGUUGAACGUUACUGCAAUACCAACGGCACUAUCGGCGCCUUCGCGUGCUGCACGCCUCUCAAGUGUGGAAGUGACUUCAAAUGCCAUCACUAA